AUGAGCGACAAGUAUGAGGAAAAGCCUGACGCCAUGGGCAAAGAGUUCAGCGAUGAACUCACGCCCGAGGAGCGUGAGCACGAGAUCGAGUCGCGCGACCAACAGGCCCGCCAGUAUCUCGACAAUGAAUCAGCGUAUGACCGGAUGGCAUUUGCGCAAAUACCAGUGCACAUGAACAGCCCUCGCAUGCUAGUCAUUACGCUGGGUGUCUUCGCGGCAUUUAGCGGCAUGCUGAGUGGCUUAGACCAAUCUGUGAUCUCGGGCGCGCUGCCUGGUAUUCGCAAGCACUUCAUCGCGUCUGGCGCGUGGGCGAGCAUGGACGACCCGAAACUGGCGACCGACAUUUCGCUGAUUUCUUCACUGAUGCCACUAGGCGCAAUGGCCGGCGCGCUCAUCAUGACACCGCUGAAUUUCUACUUUGGACGCCGCAACUCGAUCAUCAUCUCGUGUUUGUGGUACACCCUGGGAGGAGGACUCUGUGCAGGGUCCCGCAGCGUUGGAAUGCUGUUCGCGGGCCGUUUCAUUCUAGGCAUCGGCAUCGGAAUUGAAGGCGGCUGUGUCGGUAUUUACAUCUCAGAGUGUGUGCCGCCAGAGGUGCGUGGCAACCUGGUGUCUGUGUACCAGCUGAUGAUCGCCUUCGGAGAGAUCAUUGGAUACGCUGCCGGCGGUGUAUUCUUCGACGUUCCGUCAGGCAGCUGGCGCUGGAUGCUGGGCUCGUCUCUCUUGUUCUCGACCAUUCUCCUAGUCGGAAUGUGUUUCCUGCCCGAAUCACCACGGUGGCUGGUUUCCAAGGGCAAGUAUGGCCGCGCGUGGCAGGUGUGGAAGUCGCUGCGUGACAUGGCGGACGCGAAAAGCUUUGACGAGUACGUCGCGAUGGAAGUUACAGUCAAAAAUGAUGUCGAGAGGUCCGCCAACGAGGCAUGGUACAACAGAUAUCUGGAAGUGUGCAGGGAGCCGCGCAACCGACGUGCGCUUGUCUAUGCCACCGCAAUGAUCUUCUUCGGACAGAUGACUGGCAUCAAUGCGGUGAUGUACAACAUGUCAAACUUGAUGGCCAAGAUGAACUUCAGCGACCGCGAGUCAGUGCUGAUGUCGAUGGUGGGCGGUGGCGCGCUGUUCUUGGGAACGGUCCCUGCCGUGUUCACCAUGGACAAGUUCGGACGACGUGUGUGGGCACAAAACAUCCUGAUGUUCAUCGUCGGGCUGGUGCUAGUGGGUGUCGGCUACCUGUACACAAACAACGGUGUCGAUUACUUCAAUGAGCACAAGACAACUGCCUUGGGGUUGUUUUUCUCCGGCCUGAUCCUGUACAUGGGAUUUUUCGGGGCGUAUUCGUGCCUGACCUGGGUAGUCCCAGCGGAGAGCUUUGAUUUCAACACUCGCAGCCAGGGUAUGGCGAUCUGCUCUGCAUUCCUUUAUCUGUGGUCAUUCAUCGUGACAUACAACUUCGAGGGGAUGCAGAAGGCGAUGACCUACACCGGCCUGACAAUCGGUUUCUUCGGCGGGUUGGCCGUGCUAGGCUUCUUCUACCAGCUGUUCUUCAUGCCGGAGACCAAAGACAAAACGCUAGAGGAGAUCGACGAGUUGUUCUUGAUGCCGACGAGCAAGCUGGUUGCGCUGAACACGAGCAACCUGGUCAAGCGCUUCCGGUGGCGACAGCCGGAGCAGGUCGACACCCUCAAUGCCUGA